AUGGACUCCCCGAAGCCGACCCGUGUGGAUUCGCCCAACGUGCCACCCGAUACGCAAGCUUCUGGGACUGUGCUAAAUAUCGAACAGAAAGAGGAGGCUUCCAACGGGAAAGUAGGAUUUGAUGGCUCUUCUCGUGCAAAUGACCAUUCUGCACAUGUGAGCGAUGUCUCUUCCCGCUCGAAAGACGACUCUUCCACAAACGCGACACGCGCACCGUAUCCUGGAAACCCACUAGUCGUCGUCGAAAACGCUCAGUCGCCUUCUGAACCGCCGCGUCUGGCACUCGUGACCGACAUCGAAAUACCUCAGAAUUUUGAUUUCCCUAAUACUGCUAUUGCUGGGUCUCCUCCAUCGUCUGCUGCGCCUAAACCUCGUUAUAAUUCGGCAGUAGUCGAUGAAUUUGAUCCGCUUGCUAAGCCCAAGUCGCCCAAGACUCCCGUUUCAGGGAGACCUUCGACACCAACGCAGGGAAGACCAUUGAAUCCUAGUCAAGGACGUGCCCCAACUCCGACUGGGUCCCAGGGGCGAGGGCAAACACCCAUUGCGCGUUCCGACCAGGCCGGUCAGAGACCACCAACGCCGACUUCUGCAUCUGCGACUGUGGCCACGUUUCCUUCAAUUGCGAGCAUCGCUCGCUCGCUUAUUUCUCGGCCCAACUCUCCUAUUACGUCUUCUAGACCCGAGUUUCCUGGCGGGUCGCCGACGUCCAAGAGUCCAUCGUUACCGCACUCGCCUGCAACCCGGACCAGACCCAUCCAACCUUCGAAUUUGGCCACGUCGUCUGAACAACCUCAGACUCCUACUACUCCUGACCCAGAGCAGUUUGACUUUCAAAAGUUUUUGGAUCAGCUAAAGUCGCGCCCGGCUGACCCUGUUGCAAAGUACCUGCGCAGCUUUUUGCAUAACUUUUCAAAGAAGAAUUUUACUGUGAAUGAUCAAAUUAAGUUUGUUCAUGACUUUUUGGUCUUCAUCUCUGCUCGAAUGCGAGAGUGUGAGAUUUGGAAGAAAGCAGGCGAGGUAGAAUUCGACAAUGCCGUAGAAGGGAUGGAGAAACUGGUCAUGAAUCGAAUAUACGAAUUCACAUUUACCCCCCAGAUUGCCAGAAGCGGUCGGCCCGUGACUACUGACGAUCUCGAACGCGACCGAGUGCUAAAACAGCGCAUUGCUUUGUUUCAAUGGAUCAAGCCAGAGCAUCUUGAUAUUCCGAUGACGUUAAAGGACCAGGGAGAGAGUGAAAUUACGCCAUCCAGCCCCCUGCUGCGGAGAACACACCUCCGACGAAUGCUGAAAAGUCCACGGAUAGCGAAAUCAGCAUGGGGUUCUUACUGUUUGCUCAGCAGGUCAGAAAUGAAUAAGAUUGAUCACUACAAAGCGCCAAGGGACAAACUUAUUUGUGUUCUUAACUCGUGCAAAGUGAUAUUUGGGUUAAUUCGCCAUUUACGAGGUGAUGAAGGCGCAGAUAGCUUUAUCCCAUUACUUAUAUUCGUUCUGAUACGAGCCAACCCGGAACACUUGCUGUCCAACAUCGAGUAUAUCAAUCGGUUCCGAAGAACCAGCAAGCUUCAAAGCGAGGCUGGUUAUUACUUGUCGAGUCUAAUGGGUGCUGUUUCCUUUAUCGAGACGAUGGACCAUACAUCAUUGUCCAACAUUACGCAAGAGGACUUUGAAAAAAACGUUGAACAAGCAAUCCAAGCGUUACCACCCUCGCCCGAUCCUUCAUCUCCUGCAAUUGCGCCGGCGGUUGUAUCGUCUCGGUCAACAGCAUCCGACUUGUCUCAACUUUCUUCAGCCUCUGGAUCAUCUUCCAUAGGGGAGGAAUCAGCUCGAACCUUACAGCUCCCUCAGGUUGCUGCCAUUGCUGAAGAUACCCGAAAAUUCCUAGAACGUACAGGGGAGUCUUUAUCAAAACCGCUCAAUGCAAUAGGUCGCAUCUUCAGCGAAGUGCUCGACGACGAACCACGUAGUCCUAGUAGUGGUUACCCAGGAUCGUCUCAGGCGGUAUACAGACCACGUAGUGGGCAACCAGGUGCUAUGGGAGAUAGUAACACUCAAACGGGAUUACUACCCCCACUUCAGUUUCAUAAUCUUGGGUUCGACACUUCGAAUCCGACUACCCCUAAUGGCGGCCCUCCACCGACUCACCCUGUUUCACGAGCAACCACGCCCCUGGACUUUUCGGCGAUGCAAGCUGAGAUCGAUCGUGCUCAUGCGGCGGCGGCGGACGCUGCACGAGCUACGCUACACCAAAUAUUUCCUACAAUGGACAAAGAAGUUACAGACAUGGUUCUGGAAGCCAAUAAUGGAGAUCUUGGUCGUAGUAUUGAUAAGCUCUUGGAAAUGAGCCACGUUAGCCCCGCAUUAUUUCGGUCGGUAUACGGUUCGAACUUGGCGGGAAGCGUAGGAAUUUGCGUUGACAGCGCGCAACGCAUGCAACGAAGUGGUCACCUGCCUGCACGUUCGAUGUUCAGUACUGUCUCUGCCUCACUGUGUGCGCUCUUCCUGUUGCCUCUGGUGACAUACGCAGCGCCUACUAAUGUGCCGCGGGCUGGUGUGACUGCUCUUGCUGCUUCGCAGGUUGCGGCAUACAAGCCAUACACCUUGCUAACCCGUGCAGGGUACUGCCCUGCAAGCAAGACGGCGACGUGGUCCUGUGGAACCCCUUGUACCUCAUUGUCAGGCUUCGUCCCAUAUGCUUCGGGCGGGGACGGCGUCGUUACACCGUACUGGUAUGUUGGGUACUAUCCAGCUAUCAGUUCGGUUGUCGUAGCAAACCAAGGAACAGAUCCAAGCAAAUUCGUCCCUCUCUUGAUAGACGGAGACUUUAUACUUGAUGGUUUUGAUUCAGCAUUAUUCCCAGGCCUUCCAACGACUCUCAAAGCCCACGGCGGCUUCCUGGAUGCGCAAGGCAGGGGUGCCUCAGCCAAGCUCGCCGCUGUCAAAAAGGCAUUGGCGACUUAUCCUGGAGCAACCGUCGCAACUGUUGGUCACAGCUUGGGUGGGGCCAUAUCUUUGCUCGACGCUGUCUAUCUCAAAAGACAAAUAUCCGGCAUUAAGCUCAAGGUGGUCACAUACGGCCAGCCACGUGUUGGGAACUCCGCGUUCGCAAGCUGGGUCGAUGCUAACCUUUCGGACGUAUCGCGCAUCACCAAUGAAAAAGAUAUUGUACCGAUAGUCCCUGGCCGUGGUCUUGGGUUCGCACAUUCCUCUGGAGAGAAGCAUAUCUUAGCCCCUGGGUCCUGGGUGGCUUGCGCAGGACAGGAUAAUACGGAUGGGCAGUGUACCACAGGGGUCGUAAGCAAUAUCUUGGUGGGCGAUGUUAAUGACCAUGGUGGUCCAUACGAAGGUAUUCACGUUGGAAGUGACGAAUGUUAA